UUAGUGCUCGCGGGGCCGCGGCGGAGGGCGGCGUGCUCCUCUGUUCGCUGCCACUCGCCCGCAGGUCGGCGCGCUCGCCCACCUGAGCCGCGCCGGGGCUGCGGGGUGGCGGGGCAGGGCGCUCAGCCCAGCCGAGGAGAAAGAGGCAGCAGUGUCAGCGCGGAGAUGGGCAGCGGGCGAAGUUGACGGGUUCCCCGCCCACGCUGCGCCCCUCUUGCCCAGAGGGGCCGCAGCCAGCGGUCUGUCGCGAGUGCCUGUGUGCCCGAGGAGCCGCCCCGGGGAGCAGACCCGGCGUGGAGUUGUUCCCCCAGGGGAGACCCGCAGCCCAGCCGAGGGGGUCGGGCGGCCUGGAUGCUCAGGACCCAGCCCCGCAGCCGCUGACGCCCAGCGGCGGCGAAGUUUGGCUGCUGAGCGGCGCGGCGCCGGACCACCGGACAGCGGGAGCGAUGCCCGUGGGGGGCCUGUUGCCGCUCUUCAGCAGCCCUGCGGGCGGCAGCCUGAGCGGUAGCCUGGGCGGGGGGCUCGGCAGCGGCGGCAGGAAGGGGUCAGGCCCCGCCGCGCUCCGCCUGACGGAGAAGUUCGUGCUGCUGCUGGUGUUCAGCGCCUUCAUCACGCUCUGCUUCGGGGCGAUCUUCUUUCUGCCGGACUCCUCCAAGCUGCUCAGCGGGGUCCUGUUCCACUCCAGCCCCGCCCUGCAGCCGGCCGCCGACCACAAGCCCGGGCCCGGGGCGCGCGCGGAGGACGCGGCCGAGGGGCGAGCCCGGCGUCGCGAGGAGGGUGCGCCCGGGGACCCGGCGGCCGCCGUGGAGGACAACUUGGCCAGGAUCCGCGAAAACCACGAGCGGGCUCUCAGGGAAGCCAAGGAGACCCUGCAGAAGCUGCCUGAGGAGAUCCAAAGAGACAUCCUGCUGGAGAAGGAGAAGGUGGCCCAGGACCAGCUGCGUGACAAGGCGCCGUUCAGAGGCCUGCCCCCGGUGGACUUCGUGCCCCCCAUCGGGGUGGAGAACCGGGAGCCCGCCGACGCCGCCAUCCGUGAGAAGAGGGCAAAGAUCAAAGAGAUGAUGAAACAUGCUUGGAAUAAUUAUAAAGGUUAUGCCUGGGGAUUAAAUGAACUGAAACCUAUAUCAAAAGAAGGCCAUUCAAGCAGUUUGUUUGGUAACAUCAAAGGAGCAACUAUAGUAGAUGCCCUGGAUACGCUUUUUAUUAUGGAAAUGAAAAAUGAAUUUGAAGAAGCAAAAUCAUGGAUUGAAGAAAAUUUAGAUUUUAAUGUGAAUGCUGAAAUUUCUGUCUUUGAAGUAAAUAUACGAUUUGUUGGUGGACUACUCUCAGCCUACUAUCUGUCUGGAGAAGAGAUUUUCCGAAAGAAAGCAGUGGAACUUGGGAUAAAAUUGCUACCUGCAUUCCAUACUCCCUCUGGAAUACCUUGGGCUUUGCUGAAUAUGAAAAGUGGUAUUGGAAGGAACUGGCCCUGGGCUUCUGGAGGCAGCAGUAUUCUGGCAGAAUUUGGAACCCUGCAUUUGGAGUUUAUGCACUUGAGCCACUUAUCAGGAAACCCCAUCUUUGCUGAAAAGGUAAUGAAUAUUCGAACAGUACUGAACAAACUGGAAAAACCCCAAGGCCUUUAUCCUAACUAUCUGAAUCCCAAUAGUGGACAGUGGGGUCAACAUCAUGUAUCGGUUGGAGGACUUGGAGACAGCUUCUAUGAAUAUUUGCUGAAGGCCUGGUUAAUGUCUGGCAAGACAGAUCUGGAAGCUAAGAAGAUGUAUUUUGAUGCUGUUCAGGCCAUUGAGACUCAUUUGAUCCGCAAGUCUAGCAGUGGACUAACUUACAUCGCAGAGUGGAAAGGGGGCCUCCUGGAGCACAAGAUGGGCCACCUGACCUGCUUUGCAGGAGGCAUGUUUGCACUCGGGGCUGAUGGAGCUCCUGAAGGCCUGGCCCAACACUACCUUGAACUCGGCGCUGAAAUUGCCCGUACCUGUCAUGAAUCAUAUAAUAGAACAUUUAUGAAGCUGGGACCAGAAGCUUUCAGAUUUGAUGGUGGUGUUGAAGCCAUUGCUACAAGACAAAAUGAAAAAUACUACAUCUUGCGGCCUGAAGUUAUAGAGACUUACAUGUAUAUGUGGAGACUGACUCAUGAUCCAAAGUACAGGAAAUGGGCGUGGGAAGCCGUAGAGGCCUUGGAAAGCCAUUGCAGAGUGAACGGAGGCUAUUCAGGCCUAAGGGAUGUUUACCUUCUUCAUGAGAGUUAUGAUGAUGUGCAGCAGAGUUUCUUCUUGGCAGAGACACUGAAGUAUUUGUACCUAAUAUUUUCUGAUGAUGAUCUUCUUCCACUGGAGCAUUGGAUCUUCAAUACCGAGGCACAUCUUCUCCCUAUCCUCCCUACAGAUAAAAAGGAAGUUGAACUCAAAGAGGAAUAAAACGACAUCUUAUAUUUUAUUCCGCUCCAUUCCCUUCACUGCAUACCUUAAUAAUUCCUUUUCUGGUAAUCAGGCACGUGACGAACUUUUAUUAAUAGGUCUGUGACUAUUCUAAGGUCUUAAAUUGUUUUGCAGUCUUUUAUGUUUAUUAUCAUAAGUAUAGAUGGACCUAAAUUCCUUAUCAUAUCCUUUAUUAUUCAGCCAGUGUAUCCACCAAUUUUUUUAUGUUUUUAAGUAACCUAUUAUCUCUGAAGUUCAUGAAGCUGUAAUACCAUUUUUAUUAAACUGAAUAGAAUGGUAUAGCAAUGACCUCUUAAUUACAAUUUGAUUUGACUGCAAAACUUUUUCCUCCUCUAUGAGGAGAUGAUGUCUGCUUUAAGCUGUAAUGUUUUGCCAUGUUGCAAAAAGCCAUAAUAAUAAAUUAAGUAUUAAAAAAGCUUUUUCCUUUUCAACUUCAUGUUAAUCUGGUUUGCCUAUCCACCAGAGACAGAUCUUCUAACUGUGACAGCCUUCUUAUGCAGGUCUAUCAUUAUUUGAUAGAAUGUCUUCUAAAAUACUUCACUCACAUUGUAAUUCAAAUUAGAAAGUCAUUCCGAAAGGACCAUCUCAUGUUGACCUCAUUUCAUUGGAACUGCAGUGUAUUUGUGUUGGUUAAUUAUAUUAGCAUUUUCUAUUUUGUAAAUGUGUUCUUUAAUUUUACUUGAAAUGCCCUAUGUCAUUUCUGGAUUAUGUACUGGUUAAUUUCUUCCAUUCCCUACUACACAGAGAGGUGAGCUCUCAAAUUUUGCAGACCUCUGCUAUCACUGAAUUACAUUUUUCUAAAGAAAAUAGUGUAACUUAAUGGAUUCGCUUUUGGGUUUAACUGAAUAUAUGACGAAAUUGGGUCUCUCUGAAGAGAGGGUAUUUCAUAUGGCUUUUGGUUCAUUUGUUUGUAUUUCAUCUUCAUUUUUUUUUCUUGAGAAAAUAAAGCAUUCUAUUUGGUUCAGAUUUCUCAGAUUUGAAAAAGGCUCUAUCUCAAAUGUAGUAAUUAUAGAACAACUAAAAUUUCAUUUCAGUUUGUGAAAGCAGGAUUUGAUUCUGAAAGAAGCUUUGCCAAUCUUUAUUAAUUCAUGAUCAAUCAAGGAAAACCUAAUAAAUUUUUAGGCCAAAUAAGAAUAUAGCACAUUUAGUAUGGUUAUAUUCAACAUAGAGAUCACAACCUAGAAGAAAUAUAAAGAAAUGGCCACUCCCAAUCCCCCACAGUCCUGGAGUAGAUCAAAAUCAAUAUAAAAUUCUUUUAAGCAUUAAGUUUUGAAGUAGGAAUGAUUUUCUCAAAAAUAGAUUUGGUGAUACCUUCUGUUUAUUUACAUUGGCUCACUAUAUAUACAUAUAUAUUUAUGUAGAUAUAGCUAUUUCCAUGAAAGGGCUAAUAUGAUGCGUAUACUGAAGUGCAGAGACUUUGACCAUGUGAAUUUUCAGCCUACAAUGGUCAGAAAGAUCAGUGCAACCGCGUGGAUUAGGCUGAAGCAUAUGAAAUUGCUGCAUUUUUAGUUUGAAAACUGUCAGCAAUUUCAUAUGGUUCUAGCUAGUAUUAUUGAAGACAAUUGUUUUCUUAGAUAUCAAUAGACUUCAUAGUUUUAGUUAUUUUAGGUUUUGAAAGUGUUUUAAAAGAUUUCCUUUAAUUUACAGGACUGUCUUUGUGACUUCUUUCUGUUUUUCAACAUCAUACAUUGGUAUCUGUCAAAGAAUAAAUUAGUAAAAUUAGUAUAUGUAAGAGUCUUUAGUACAUCAUUAUUUCCAUGCUAAUGUGUCUCUGUGAUCCAGAAUAACUUCUCCCACUCAUAUCUUCAGUUCACCUAAUGAAAUGAAUGGAUAGCAAAAGCCCUUGGUUCCCAAGACUUCAAGGCAAAAUACUAAGACUUAUUGCCAAAAUUGGGCCACAUGUAUUAAGAUUAUAAUGUUUGCAUAAAUGUCCUUGAACUUGCAAUUUAAAUUAACUCAUUUUUUCUAUUUGAUUUGAAAGAACACAAAGCUGAUAAGUAUUUCUGCAGCAGAUAGAGUAUUAAAAUCAGGUUGUAUGUACACAUUGCGCUGUAAGGUACCUUGGUAUCCUGGUGUGAAUAGACAAGAAGCUGUGCUAUAUGUUGCCCUCUCAAUGGCAACAAUGAAACUUUUUCAAUUCUAGAACUUGGAUUUUUUUUUAACAAAAGUCCCAAAACACCAAAAAUGUAAACAAGAUAAGAGAUUAAUAUUAUAGUGAUAUAAUUUAAUUAAAAUUAUAUUUUAGGUUAAUUUUAACAACUGAAUCUAAGUAGAAACUUAUUUUCAACAAAAUUGUGCAGUUAAAUUUAUAUAUAUAUUCACAUACUGAAAGAUGACCAGUAAAAAUAGCACUUAAUUUUGUGUUUAUGCAAUAUAUCUUGAUAUACUUUGUGCAAUUAAUAUUACACAUGUAAGUUGUAUGUCAGUUUACAGAAAUCAAUGACUUGUCAUAACGUUUUCAUGAUCUAUACAUUUUGUACAUUAUUUCUGAUUUGUACAUAAAUCCAUUCUGUCAUUUUCAACUUUAUAUAUAAAUCUCCAAUGUUACGGGAAACAUAAUAGAUUGACACAUAAUUUUUAAAAAUUAUAUUUGUAAAAUUUCUCUAUUGUGAAUAAAGUCUUUGAAUAUAUCUC